AUGUUCUUCUCCCUAUAUUUUUCUGCCUUUUCUUGUUACUUACAUAUACUUUUUCAGCAUUUCCUCUCUCUCUCUCUUCUUUCUUUCUACCCCCGAGAUUUGUAUUUUAUAUUUUCGGCACAUUUUAUCCACUUAUUUCUUACUCUUGAAUAUUCAUCCCAUUUCUUUGUUCUCUGGUCCCAAUCCUCCUAUCUUGUUCCAGUUCUUCUUACCUUUAUCCAUUUUCUGACAAUCCCUUCUUCCUUCUGUUUUUCCUUGUCGUCUGCUUUUCCCAUUCUCCGAGGCCGUAUUUCGUUACUCAUAUGUUUGACUUAUUCAAUUUUUUCUUUUCACUUUUUCCUUUUUUUAUUUUCCAUUUCUUUUCGUCUUUCUUUCUAUCUUUCUUUCUUUCUUUCUUUUUCCUUCCUUCCUUCUUUCCUUCUUUCUUUCUAUUACUUCCUUCCUUCCUUCCUUCCUUACUUCUUUCUUUCUUUCUUUUUCUUUCUUUCUUUCUUUCUCCUUCCUUCCUUCCUUCCUUCCUUCCUUCCUUCCUUCCUUCCUUCCUUCCUUCCUUCCUUCCUUUUUCCAUUCCUCACAUUCCGAUAUUCUUUUUCUUUUAUUUGUCCUUCAUUGGGCCUCAAGUCAAUUAUAUCUUUAUUCAACAUUUUUUUUUCCAUUUUUCUUCCAUAUAUCUCAUUUUUUUCUAUGAAGGUCAUAAAACCGUUUUUUUUUCCAUAUUUCCUUUUCACCUUUUCAUUUUUUUACAUUUUCCAUCCCUUUUCGUAUUUCAUUCUUUUCUUUCAUUCUUUCCUUUCCUCUCAUUCAGUUAUACUUUUUCCUUCUGCUUUUCUAUUUUCUUCUUUUUUUUAUAUUCAAGAUAUUUUCUUUCUGUUAAUUUAUUUCUUCCUCCUUGUCUGUUUAUCUUUUGCGACCUGUUUUCUCUCUACAUCUUUUUAUAAUUUUUUUUUCAUUCUUUCCUUCUUUUUUCCGCCUUUUAGUGGAUAUCUCUUCUUUACCCAAUUUUUUUAUAAUUACUUUUUGCUAUCUAAAUGCUAUAUGCUUUCUUUUUUUUCUAUUCUUUUCGUCUGCCUCUUCUGUCUCUUUCUUUACUGUUUAGUUUUUAAUUAG